AUGGACGAGCGCCACAGCCAAGAAUACGAGCUGUUUGAACAAUAUUACAAUAAGAUGAAGAGUGCCGAGUGUGCGAACCGUGCUUCGGAAAAUCGUCAUGGCAUAGAAUCGCUGCCCCCAGCUGCAGAGGUCGCGAUUUCGGCAGAAGAAGAUGACGAUUUGGCGAUGCGACUAAGGGACGAGGCUCGGUCGACAUUCCUGAAAAAGAAAAACGACCAGCUGCUCGACCACGAAAAGUUAAAGCAGCUGUGGUGUUUGCUUGAGAGGCACUGCUUUAGCGCCGGCGUUGACGAGGCUGAUGCCAAGGCGAAGCGCUUCUUCUCUGCCACCGUGUUCGCCAAGCUCCAACACGGCAACGUGACCGGUCUCGUUCCCCUCGACUCAUUCUUCAAUUACGUCAUGCGCAAGACGUGGUUGUGGCAAAACCGCAUCAGUCUGUCGCUUUACGACAUAACCGGCGACGGUUAUUUAACCGAGCGGGAUCUGGAGCUGUACGUCACUGAGCUGCUGCCAUCCAUCGCCCAUCUGAAGCGUCUCGACUCGUCCUUCCAUCCGUUUUACGUCUGCUCGGUGGUACGUCGUUUCAUGUUCUUCCUUGACAAGAAGCGGCUCGGAAAGGUAAAGAUUGUGGAUAUAUUGGCUUCCGGUUUCCUUGACGAACUUCUUGAAUUACGUGAACCUACAGACGAACAAGCCAAUGACUCCGUUGUUGAUUCCCAGGCAUCCGGCGAAAUUCAGCGUUCGCAUAAUUGGUUCAGUAUGUCGAACGCGUUGUCAAUGUACGGUCGGUAUGUGAACCUGGACACAAACCGAAACGGCAUGCUGUCGAAGGAAGAGCUUAUGCAGUACGACGGGGGCACGUUGACAGAAGAAUUUGUCACGAGGUUGUUUCAGGAACACUUAACUUACGAAGGUGAAAUGGAUUACAAAGCGUACUUGGAUUUCGUUUUGGCGAGGCUCAACAUGAAGCACCCUGCUUCGUUGCGUUAUUUUUUCAAGAUAUUUGACGUACGUCAGCAGAACUUUCUAGACGCCCUUGACAUCAACUAUUUCUUUCGCGGCAUUCAGCGAGCGCUGAUUGAACAGGACCAACAGCCGAUCGAAUUUCAGGAUAUCAAGGACGAGAUCUUCGAUAUCGUGAAACCGGCGGAUCGAAACAUUAUUACGUUAGACGACCUUAUAAAUUGCGACCAAGGGGAUACCAUUGUCAACAUAUUGACGGAUGUCAACGGAUUUCUGAGUUAUGAAAAUCGCGACUUCAGCGAAAACAUUGCCAAUGUUGCCUAUGCGGAUUUUUAA